UCAUUGCAGAGUUUGGUGACGGCUGCUAUUUCAUUAAACUGUUGAUGUUUCCUUUUGGGAAGCCGGCUUUCUUGAGUGCCGCCAUGGUGAAGGGGAAGACCAAUGAGUGGAACAAGAACGAUGACCGGCUGCUGCAGGCCGUGGAGAACGGAGAUGCCGAGAAGGUGGCCUCACUGCUGGGCAAGAAGGGGGCCAGUGCCACCAAACAGGACAGCGAGGGCAAGACCGCCUUUCAUCUCGCUGCUACGAAAGGACACGUGGAAUGUCUCAGGGUCAUGAUUACGCACGGCGUGGAUGUGACAGCCCAAGAUACUGCCGGACACAGUGCGUUGCACCUCGCAGCCAAGAACAGCCACCAUGAGUGCAUCCGGAAGCUCCUUCAGUCAAAAUGCCCAGCCGAAAACAUUGACAACUCUGGGAAAACAGCUCUACAUUACGCAGCGGCGCAGGGCUGCCUCCAGGCUGUGCAGGUUCUGUGCGAGCACAAGAGCCCGGUGAACCUCAAGGAUCUGGAUGGGAAUAUACCCCUGCUUCUUGCAGUGCAAAAUGGCCACAGUGAGGUCUGUCGCUUUCUUCUGGAUCAUGGAGCGGAUGUAAAUUCCAGGGACAAGAAUGGAAGAACUGCUCUGAUGGUGGCCUGUGAGAUCAGCAGCUGUAAUGUCGUGGAGGCCUUAAUUAAGAAGGGUGCAGACCUAACCCUUGUAGAUUCUCUCGGACACAAUGCCUUACAUUAUUCCAAACUCUCAGAAAACGCAGGAAUUCAAAGCCUUCUGUUAUCAAAAAUCUCUCAGGAUGCUGAUUUAAAGACACCAACAAAACCAAAGCAGCAUGACCAAGUAUCUAAAAUAAGCUCAGAGAGAAGUGGAACUCCAAAAAAACGCAAAGCUCCACCACCUCCUAUCAGUCCUGCCCAGUUGAGUGAUGUGUCUUCCCCAAGAUCAAUAACUUCAACACCAAUUUCGGGAAAGGAAUCAGCAUUUUUUGCUGAACCACCCUUCAAGGCCGAGAUCAGCUCCAUACGGGAAAACAAAGACAGACUGAGUGACAGCACUACAGGUGCUGAUAGCUUAUUGGAUAUCAGUUCUGAAGCUGACCAACCAGAUAUUCUUGUCCUAUUACAAGCAAAAGUUGCAUCUCUAACUCUACACAAUAAGGAAUUACAAGAUAAACUGCAGGCCAAAACCCCCAAAGAGGCAGAAGCGGACCUGAGCUUUGACUCUUUCCAUUCCACUCACACUGACUUGGCCCCGUCUCUCGGGAAACCGAGUGAAACCUCUCCCCCCAACUCCGGAUCCCCUCCCCCGGCCUCUGCCCACUCCCUGAGUAAACCCCCAGUGGACGGCGGCGAUGUCAGGCUUCAGCAGCUGCAGGAGGUCUUGCAGGACCUGCAGAAGAGACUGGAGAGCUCCGAGGCGGAGAGGCGGCAGCUGCAGGCCGAGCUCCAGUCCCGGAGCCCAGAGCCCGCGCGCUUGAACAACGCCGAGAUUUCUGAGAACGGCUCCGACCUCAGCCAGAAACUGAAAGAAACUCAGAGCAAGUACGAGGAGGCGAUGAAGGAAGUCCUGAGCGUGCAGAAGCAGAUGAAGCUGGGCCUCGUGUCGCCCGAGAGCGCGGAUUCUUACUCUCACCUCCGGGAGCUGAGGGUCCCCGAGGAGGAGGUACGGGCGCUGAAGCAGGACCUCCAGAAGGCACUGGAAGACAGUGAGAGGAACAAGGAGAAAGUGAGGGAGUUAGAGGAGAAACUGGCCGAGAGGGACAAGGGGGCGGGGAAUCAGCCGCCCGCGGAAGAGUACGAGGCAAUGAAAAGUUCCUAUUGCUCUGUUAUUGAGAAUAUGAACAAGGAGAAAGCGUUUCUGCUCGAGAAAUACCAGGAGGCCCAAGAAGAAAUCGUGCAACUGAAAGAUACUCUGAAAAGUCAGGUGGCGCAGGAGCCCGGCGACGACGCUGGGGACAUGAAAGAGGCCAUGCACAGGAUGAUCGACGAGCUCAACAAGCAGGUGAGCGAGCUGUCCCAGCUGUACAAGGAGGCGCAGGCCGAGCUGGAGGACUACCGCAAGAGGAAGUCUCUGGAAGACGUCACAGCCGAGUACGUCCACAAAGCGGAGCACGAGAAACUGAUGCAGGUGGCCAGCCUGUCCAGGGCCAAGGCGGAGGAGGCGCUGUCCGAGAUGAAGUCCCAGUAUUCGAAGGCGUUGCAGGAGUUGGCUCAGCUCAAACAGCUGGCCGAGGCCCAGAAGGAGAACUCCGUGUCCAUCACCGAGCACUUGCAGGUGAUCACCACGCUGCGGACGGCCGCCAAAGAGAUGGAGGCGAAACUCGGCGGUCUCCAGGAGCUCCUGGCCAGCAGGGAAGUGGAGGUGGCCAGGCUGGAGAAGCAGCUGGUGGAAGAGAAGGCGGCGCUGACCGAGGCCAUGGUGCCCAGGGCCGCCUACGAAAAGCUCCAGGCGUCGCUGGAGAGUGAAGUGAGCGCGUUGGCCUCGAAAUUAAAGGAUUCCGCGAAAGAGAAAGAGAAGGCCCAGUCAGAGGUCGCCCAGGUUAGAAGUGAGGCCUCACAGUUGAAAAGGGAAAAGGAGACGCUUCAGACUCUCUUGCGAUCCAAAGAGCAAGAAACCGGGGAACUCCUGCAGAAGUCGCAGCGUGCGCAGGAGGAGCUGGCGGAGCUGAGGCGGCACUCGGAGAGCUCUUCCCGGCUGGAGGAGGACAAAGACAGGAAGAUAAACGAGAUGUCGAAGGAAGUCACCAAGCUGAAGGAGGCCCUGAACAGCCUCUCGCAGCUGUCCUACUCGGCGAGCUCCUCCAAGAGGCAGAGCCAGCAGCUGGACGGGCUGCAGCAGCAGGUCAAGCAGCUCCAGACCCAGCUGGCUGAGUGCAAGAAGCAACACCAAGAGGUCAUAUCGGUUUACAGGAUGCAUCUUCUGUACGCUGUGCAGGGCCAGAUGGAUGAAGAUGUCCAGAAAGUUCUGAAGCAGAUCCUUACCAUGUGUAAGACCCAGGCCCAGAAGAAGUAGAGUGGGUUCCCCGGCGGGACACUGCCCCUCGCUGUCCACCUUGGGGUUGGACCGGAGUUGCUGGCGACCACUGCCAUUGUUCUUGUUCGUGGUGUGCACCGUGACCUGGCCUGGCUUCUUGCCCUUGCAAGGCUGCUUUCUGAGGACUGGCCCCGGGAGAAGACUGUCCCCUCAGAACUGCGGAGAGACUCAACAGCAGCAGAGGGGACAGGCGCUGUCAUCGCUUCUGAUUCCAGAGCUGGGUCGGCCGUGCCCAGGAGCCGGGCCUGGUGCUGGGGCUUGGGCCUCCUCCUGGUGCCUGACCAGCUGUGUGGCUCCAUCCUCACUGAGCGAUCUGUGGACACCUCCGCGCAGUGAAUGCUGCCGGGGUCCUCCAGCGCAGGGGAGCCCCCCUUUGCCUCUGGUUUCCAGUCCGCAAACAUGAUUUGACUUCUAACCAGAUUAGUGCAGCGCUAGUGAUGCGGUGCCCGCCUAGGACCCUUUACCCGAUGUCCUGUGGGUUUGAAAACUUUUAAUCCCAUCUUUCCCCCCAUCUGCCUUAGGUAGCUCGUCACCGGCUGGUCAGUCUGAGCUGGAUGAGCACCGUUCACUAAAAACAUGAAGCUUAGAAAGAAAAGCAAGCUGCCCUUAAAAAGUUUUUAAGUAAAUCGUUGACGUGUUGCAAAUUCUCUAUGCAAACUUGCCUUCUGCCGUUACCCACAAAGCUCAGGAAAUCCAGUCGUGUUUCAACGAGGGACAGUAAACUGCGUGUUUACAGCCAAAAGAAACGCCUCAUCGUUCUUAACCUCAAUUUUUUAAAAGUGGUGUUUUUUUUUCUCUCUACAGUAUUUUUAUUGGCUCUUAAAGAUGUUUUCAUAUCUAAACCCCUUGAGUAAGUGAAAUUCACAUGAGACUAUAUUAACAAAAUAUUUUUUAGGUAACCAUGCUUAAGACUUUUUAGAAAUAGGACUUUUUCCUCAAAGUUUUCAGCGAUAGCAAAAGGUAGUUAUAUAUUCCAAGCUCAGUGUGAGCUGCCAGACCCUCAGCACUGGAGUGCGUUUCUUAAGAGAGUGAACCCUCCUUGUACCCGGUGAACACUUUUGAGUGCCCCGGCUCUGCCAGCGCCCAGAGAGGAUCUCUGGAAGAACUGUUAGUGACAGUCCGUGUUUCAACUUGGAGACGAGAAACCCCGAUAUGGUAAACAUCGGGGUGCAUAGCCAAGGUCUUUGGGGGGGAAAUAUUUCUGUUCCCUUUCUUUACUUUCAGGUUAAAAAAACAAAAAUGUUUCUAACUUGCUUGCCACUUCCCUGUCAGCGUGGAUCUUCCUGAGGGAUGUAAACAGAAAACAGAAAUCUGCCAAGUGUGUAAUUAAAAGCGCAGGCCUGCUCCGACAGGAACCGGACCGCAGGGCCGCCCGGGCCGGGGGAGCUUGGCUGCACUGAAUGCCGACCAAGGCCAGCAAAGCAGAAACGGCUGUCCGGCGCCGUGUUCCUUUUCCUGAGUUGUUUAUAGUUAAGCAAUUUCGAAAAUGCUGCAAAGAAAUGUGAAAGGACUUUCCGUCACAGCACUUACGGAGACACAGGACACCCCUCGUGCCCCGCACAGAACGCUGCGGAGUGGGAGACUGGGAGACUGGGGGGUGCUUGACACAGCCGCCUCUCAGCGCGUUCAGGAUGCAUAUUUAUUACAAGUACUCGGUGAGAUAUUGGAACGCCGUGUGCCGUAGGGUAGCACUCUGCCUUGGUGAUGUACUGAAGGUAUGACGGAAAUAAACUUCUGUUCUGUUUUGCA